AUGUUUUUCUUAGACCCAAACGCAUGUCCGUGCAUAAGAUUUUACAACGUGAACAAGGCGCUGGUGAUCGACUACACGACGACGCGGCUGAUAUCCUGCGGCAGCCUCUCGCAGGGCAUCUGCUCGGUGCGCAACCUGCACAACAUCUCCGACGGCACGCUGGAAGUCAUGUACGUCGGCGUGACCUUCACGCUCGGCUCGCCGUACCGGUCGGAGGUCCCUGCUGUCAGCAGCCGGUCGCUGGACAAGGAGAAGAUGUUCGCGAUCGCGCAAACGGCCGUAACCACGGGCACGAGGAUGUUCGUAAAUUCGCUGGCCAGGGAAAGGUACCCGAUCACGUACGUGUACGGGUUCGCUUCGGAGGGGUUCAGCUACUUCCUGACCACGCAGAUGAAGCACACGUCGUCGGGGGUGUAUAUCAGCAAGCUGGUGCGCGUGUGCCACGACGACGAGAACUACUACUCGUACACAGAGAUCCCGAUGGACUGCAUCGGCGAGAGCGGCCGUCGCUACAACCUCGUGCAGGCCGCCUACGUGGGCAAGGCGGGCAGCGAUCUGGCCUCCGAUUUGGGCAUCACCGCCCAGGAUGACGUCCUGUUCGCGGUGUUCGGCGAGAGCGACGCCGCGGCGGCGAACCGCCCUUCGGAUCUGGCCGCCCUCUGCGUCUACUCGCUGAAGGCCAUCAGAAGGAAGUUCAUGCAGAACAUUAGGCAUUGCUUCAACGGGAAGGGGCAGCGGGGGCUGGAUUUUAUCUCGCCCAGUCAUCAAUGUGUGCCGACGGAAAUUGAUAUCCGUGAAAAAACAUCGAUACAAGAAAGGCGGAAAAUAGUAGUAGUAGGGCAAGGCGGGCAGCGAUCUCGCCUCCGAUUUGACUAUCACCGCGCAGGACGAUAUCCUGUUCGCCCUUCAGAUCUGGCCGCCCUCUUUUCGCUGAAGGCCAUCAGAAGCAAGUUCAUGCAGAACAUCAGGCAUUGCUUCAACGGGAAGGGGCAGCGGGGGCUGGAUUUUAUUUCGCCCAGCCACCAGUGCGUGCCGAUGGUGCCAGUUGACGAUAUUAGGCCUCACCUGGAAUCAUCCAGAUUGUGCACAGAGGGGGAGUAUCUGUUGAUUAGACCGAUUUAG